AUGGAGGGCCAAGGAGAGAACGACGAGCUUUACCCUAUCGCCGUCCUUAUUGAUGAGUUGAAGCAUGACGAUGUACUCCUCCGCCUCAAUGCCAUCCACCGUCUGUCUACUAUCGCUUUGGCCUUAGGGCCCGAGCGGACCCGGGAAGAACUUAUCCCUUUCCUUGAUGAUUCCGUCGAGGAUGAAGAUGAGGUUUUGACUGCACUGAGUGAAGAGCUGGGUAAUUUCAUAGAGUAUGUCGGGGGUCCGGAGUACGGGCAUGUACUCCUCUCUCCGCUCGAGAACUUGGCUGCUAUUGAAGAGCCUCUGGUCAGAGAAAAGGCUGUGGAAUCCCUCAAUAAGAUCGGCGAGCAGUUGUCCGAGAAGCAGAUCGAAGAGAAUUUCAUCCCGAUGGUUCUACGCCUGUCGAAAGCCGACUGGUUCACCUCGAAGGUUUCCGCGACCGGCCUGUACUGUGUUCCGUAUAGGAAGGCUUCUCCCUCAUCACAGCAGACCCUUCGGCAAUACUAUGGAGGCCUCGUACAUGAUGACACACCGAUGGUGAGGAGACAGUCGGGCAACAACUUGGCGAAGUUUAUCAAAGAAUUGAAUACCCAAAUCGUUAUUGAAGAGAUGAUACCCCUGUUUCAGCACCUUGCAACAGACGAGCAAGACAGUGUCCGCUUGCUUACAGUUGAUGUUCUCAUCUCGAUCGCGGAAGAGAUCCCCAAGGAGCAGCAGCCCAGCCAUGGUGUUCUUUUGACCUCCUUGCGCAACCUGUUCGAGGAUAAGAGUUGGAGAGUCAGGUACAUGGUUGCCGAUAGAUAUGAGAAGAUCGCUAAAGCUGUGCACGAAGAGGUCGUGACUCGUGAUAUGGUCCCCUCUUUUGUCAAGCUUCUGAAGGACACCGAAGCCGAAGUCCGUACUGCCAUUGCUGGACAGAUCCCAGGCUUCUGCAAUCUGAUUGACCGAGACACAUUGCUCAACGAAAUCAUGACUAGCGUGGAAGACCUUGUUUCUGAUCCAUCUCAGCAUGUGCGCGCCGCUCUUGGUACUCAGAUCAGCGGUCUUGCACCGAUACUCGGAAAGGAGGAGACCAUUGCGCACCUCCUCCCGAUGUUUUUGCAGAUGCUUAAGGACGAGUUCCCCGAUGUCCGCCUUCAUAUCAUCUCCAAGCUGGAAUUGGUCAACAAAGUUAUCGGCAUCGAUCUUCUCUCACAGUCACUUCUCCCAGCUAUUGUGCAGCUGGCCGAAGACAAGCAAUGGAGAGUGCGUCUCGCAAUCAUCGAAUACAUUCCCCUGCUUGCAAGCCAAUUGGGAGUCAAGUUCUUCGACGAACAGCUCAGCGAGCUUUGCAUGGGCUGGCUCGGUGAUACAGUUUUCUCUAUUCGUGAGGCUGCUACUCAAAAUUUGAGGAAGCUGACGGAAGUGUUUGGUGUCGACUGGGCUAAGGGCUCUAUCAUCCCCAAGGUGAUGGGGAUGGGUCAACACACCAACUACCUGUACAGAAUGACAACUUGCUUUGCCAUCUCCACUCUCGCACCCGUUGUUUCGCUGGACAUCAUCGAGAACUCAAUUCUCCCCAUCUUGGAUCGACUUGUCUCGGAUGAGAUCCCCAACAUCCGUUUCAAUGUGGCCAAGUCUUAUGCCGUGCUGAUCGAUACCCUGCGUCGCCUCCCCACAGAGGGAACCCUCACAGACCUGGAGAAGGCAGGUAAAACUGCCACACCAUCCCCGCGGGGUCAGGACCUCAUCCAGCAAAGAAUCCUCCCCAGCUUGGAGAAGCUGCAGGAGGACGAAGACGUUGAUGUUCGGUAUUUCGCAACGACUGCCGCAGGCGGCCACGAGGAAGUCAUGCAGACUUCACCGUAG